GUUUAAGUGCUAUACUGGAAGUUGGGGAAAACGUCAAUAAAGACAAUAAUGCAGAUAUCAACUCUGAAGAUAUCAACAAUGAGCCUGAAAAUACAGCCUCAAACUCUGAUACAACAAUUGAUGAAAGACAGUAUGCCUCUCUAAACAAAGAGCAAAGAAAAAGUAAACCAAAUAAAGCAGUAGUAAAUAAAUAUUUGAACGUGGAAUUUGCAUCCAGGAGGGAACGCCUGCAAGCAACAAGAAAAGAGGACAGACCAAGAUUCAUAAUUGACACCUACCCAUGCUUUAAAGAUCCUUCUGAGGUUUGUACUGUUCUAUCUGUACUUUUGCACAUGCCAUUAAUCAGAAGUUUCUUAUUUCUGCGGAAUGUGUUUUUUUUUAAACUCCGUGAGUUUUCAACUUUUUCCUUUCAAACUUGGUCAGAUAUUGGAAUUAGUCAAAAACAUUUAGGCCAAUUUAACACUCAAAAGGUGUUCUGUAACCUUAAUUUGCUCACUGCUUCGCUAUUUUAUAUUAUGUACAGUACAUGUACGUCCUACGAUAUUGUCCCCUGCUUGGAUAGCAUGUACAAGGUGAUAGUACUUUAUUGGAUAGUGUUAAUAAUUUCAGACCAAAUUUGUUUUCAAAUAUUUGUUACUUUUUUGAGGUGUUGGAGGAGGUUAGACGUAGUUUGUCGCAGCCAGAGGAGGAAGAUGUUGGACAUUAUCUGAAGACAUGUGUUGAAAAUCUAAAGAUUAAACUAGAUCAUCUCAUAUACUAUGGGAUUUCAAAGAGUGCACUUCGCCCGCCAACGAAUAUUAGUGAUGGUAGAAUAGUGAAAGUACAGUUAGUAGCAGUUAGAAUUAGAUGUCUACCGAGAUAUGUUUAA